AUGCCGCCGACGCCAACACGCACAGUUCAGCGCGGCAGCGUACGCCAGAGGCAGGGCUCCUCUCUGCAUCCGCAGCCCGGCUCCGGUGCUGCGGGUAUGGCGGGUCUCGAUGGCAUGUCGGCUCAGCAUGCCAAGGUGGGCCGCGGGCCGAACGCUGCCGAUGCUGCAAGCGUCCCUUUCGUCCAUCCGGCGCUCGCUCUGUCAUCCGGAGUUCUCCCCUCUUCGUCAUCCACCGCGGGCCUGCCACCAGCAGUAGCUGCACAGAUUCGUGGUCGCCGCCCCUUUAACCAUCGCAACCUUUUCGCUCGAGACCUGCGCAAUCUCAUGUACGCAUACGGAGAUUCGCCAGAUCCCGACCCGGACUCCGUCAUGCUCAUGGAGGAGAUGACCGUCGACUUUAUCACCGACCUCUGCUGUCGCGCUCGUCCCAGCCCGUACUCGCUUGGCCUUGGCACCAGCUCCAUCUCGAAUAGCUCGAGUGCCUUUGGUGCCACGCUCGAAAACUUUAUUGCGAACGACGGCUCGAACGCGGUGGCCAACGGCGGAGAGGCCAUGCCGCAGACAUUGCCGCCCCGGGCCCCCCACCGUCUGCGUGUCAAGCUCGAAGACUUCCGUCACGCGCUGCGCAAAGACGUCGAGGCCAAGAAGCUCGGUCGUAUGGAACAGCUCUUAUAUGCAGACAAGGUGGUCACCGAAGCCAGGCGCGUGGGUGGUGUCGAAGAGGCGGCCGAGCGCGCCGGCGCACUGCAGACAGACAACCUUCCUCCUGCUCCGUCGAACGGCGACGCUUCGGCACAGGACGCCAACAUGCAAGACCUCGACGAUGACGAUUUGGACGACAAGGAUGCCAAGACCGCCAAGUCGGGCAAAACCAAGUCCAAGGCAAACGGGCCUGGCAAAGGCGGCGCCAAGGGCAAGGGCAAGCCAAAGGCAGCAGCCGCAUCACGAGCCGGAUCUGCACGCUCAUCAGUCGCGCCAUCCUAG